GGCAGCUACUCGACUGUUGCGAUAGAUGCGAAAAUACACCCACCGCGGCAGCUGCAGCUUCACCCGCGGAUGCUGCGCCCCCACCCCAGCCCCCCACAUGUAAGACACCUUUCAUACCGCCACCCGGAGCCGCAUUUUUGAAAUUAGUCGCGCUCUUCUCAACGCCAAUCCAAAAGUUGCCACGCACAACAAUGGCAGAAGGGACUCUCGUCACAAAUGAUGACGCGGCCAAGAAGGUCCACGUCCCGGCCGGCGCGCCGGUCGAGGAGAAACUCGUCGAUGGCGAAGCGGAGACGAAAGAGAACGGGGACAGCCAGGUGACCGUCCCCGACCAGAGCGCGGAGUGCACGUUCGCGCACCCGGAGGGCGGCUGGGGAUGGCUGGUCAUGCUCGCCGCCAUGUGGUGUAACGGCUCGGUAUUCGGGAUCCAGAACGCCUUCGGUAUUCUUUUCCUCUCCCUGCUACGGGAGUUUGGCUCCGAGGACGACGAGGACCUCCGCUUCAGGACAGCGUGGGUGGGCUCCCUCUCCAUGGGGAUGAUCUUCUUCUGCUCUCCGAUCGUCAGCGUUUUCACGGAUAUCCUGGGCUGCCGAGUGACCGCCGUCGGCGGAGCGGCCGUCGGCCUGGUGGGCCUCCUGGCUAGCUCUUUUGUCACGUCUUUAGGGCCCAUGUACUUCACGUACGGCAUCGUGUUCUCCUGCGGCUGCUCCUUCGCCUACCAGCCCAGCCUGGUGAUUCUGGGCCACUACUUCAAAAAGCGCCUGGGCUUGGUGAACGGCAUCGUGACGGCCGGCAGCAGCAUCUUCACCAUCACCCUUCCCUUCGUGCUGUCGGGCCUGCUGGACAAAGCGGGCCUGCAGAACACCAUGCGCGUCCUCUGCAUCUUCAUGUUCGUGCUGAUGUUGGCCGGCCUCACCUAUAAGCCUCUGCUGCCUCGCAAGCCCCGAAGCGCGCGGGGCUCUUGCCCGCCCCUGAGCCAGAUCUUCAACCUCAACAUUUGGAAAUCGCUGGGAUAUCGCAUCUGGGCUUUCGGCAUCCCGGCGGCCCUUUAUGGCUACUUUGUGCCUUACGUUCAUCUGAUGAAGCACGUGGAGGAGCGCUUUGGGGAGGAUUCCAAUAAAGAAGUUCUGCUCAUGUGCAUCGGCAUCACAUCCGGCAUCGGACGGCUCAUCUUUGGUCGGGUGGCUGACUACAUUCACGGGGUCAACAAAGUUUACCUGCAGGUGACUUCCUUCUUUGUGAUUGGCCUGAUGUCGAUGAUGAUCCCGCUUUGCAACAUCUUCGGAGGGCUGAUCGCCGUGUGUCUGCUGAUGGGGAUGUUUGACGGCUGCUUCAUCUGCAUCAUGGCGCCCAUCGCCUUUGAGCUGGUCGGAGCCGAGGACGUGUCCCAGGCCAUCGGCUUCCUCUUGGGCCUCAUGUCGGUGCCCAUGACUGUGGGACCCCCGAUUGCAGGCUUCCUCAGGGAUCGGCUGAACAACUACAACUUGGCCUUCUACCUGGCAGGCAUCCCCCCGCUCAUCGGAGGGGCGAUGCUGUGUCUGAUCCCGUGGGUGGAGGCCAGGAGCAAGAGAGCCAAGGAGGAAGCCCUCAAGGACGUCAACCAGAAGAUGUUGGCGCACGAGAAGCCUCAGGAAGAGCCGCAAGGCAAAACUGGGGAGUCCAUCCUCUAAUCGGCGCUCGGCCGCGCGACGGGGUCCGACCCAAGCGGUUUGGGCGCCGCCGGUUCAAGAGCCCGACCAGUGCCUUCCGGAGCAGGUCUUGCAAAUGCCAAAAGUGAGGGAACGGCGGUUGAAGUACUUUAAUUGAACGUGAUCGAUCACGAGGAACUAUGCAAUGAAAUUUGAAGUCUUAAAAUGUGGAAAACUGCUUUUGUCUUGAACGGAGAGCGAAAGGAAAGCGGCGUGAGAGCCGACGCUUUUAGCCGUCCCCUUUCCACUCAUGUUCACCACCGAUGACGCCCUCAAGGGAAGGUCUUGUUUCAAUGCCCCCCCACCCCCAACCCCAAAGAAAAAAAAGACCGCUCUUCUUAACAUUCUUAAUUGUGAUGAUGUUCAGAGAGCGGCUCUUCAAAAGCACAUUUCAACAAGCCGCGUCAGUCUUUUCAUGCAACAGUAACGGUUGCCCAAUUGCACGCCAUUAACCGUCAGAGGUCGUCGUCGUCAUCCACCCCAGAAUGUUCUGAAGCCACACACCUUGCAGCCACGUGUUCUUUGCUCAUACGCUCGGAUUUCAAAUUGCAUGGAACGC